UGGUUGCCAUGGAUUCUUGGGUCACAUGCGUGGGUUUCCUGUAGCCAGCAGCAGCAGAAGAUGCUUGGACCAAAAUCCAGAGCCAUGUUCAUUCAAGAAACAGAAAGGCUUCGCUGUGGAUGGCUUGCUAAACUGGAGGGCUGAAUAGACCUGUCCGCUGAUUUUUGGCCUUUUUUUCUUUUUUGUUCCUUUUUUGGGCUGUGCGUUUUGAUACCAGCUGAAUACACAUUUCAAAGCAAGCCGGCAUUUUGUCCUCCUAAAUAGACUGAUACCAGGAAUGAGUAUAGAAAUUCCUGAAGGACUGACGGAGCUGUUACAGAGCUUUACCGUGGAAGUAUUAAGGAAUCAGCCCAGGGAUUUACUCGAGUUUGCAUUACAGUACUUCACUCAGCUGAAGGACAGUGAAACCAAAGAGGCCUCGUUUGGCAAUGACCAAAAUUCGGCCCCAAGACCUGGUAAAGCGGUCAAUUUCAUUGACGAAGCCAUGCAGAUCGAUUCGGAAAACGGAGAGGAGGAGGAGGAAGAGGAUGACGAGGAAUUCAUAGCCCCCAUUAUUAACAGAUACAUCAGAAGAGCAUCAGUAUGUGCUGAAGCAUUCAACCCUGAUGAAGAUGAGGAGGAUAAAGAACCAAGGGUCACCCAUCCUAAAACAGACAAGCAGAGACAAAGACUACAGGAGGCAUGUAGGGACAUUCUUCUGUUUAAAAAUUUGGAACCGGAAGAGAUGUCUCAAGUUCUGGAUGCCAUGUUUGAGAAGUUCUGCACAGAUGGAGAGCACAUCAUUGAUCAAGAUGACGAUGGAGACAACUUCUAUGUUAUUGAAAGUGGGACAUUUAACAUAUUCAUGAGGGUUGAAGGCACAGAGAAGAUGGUAGGCUCCUAUGACAACCGAGGGAGCUUUGGGGAGUUGGCGUUGAUGUACAACACCCCGAGGGCAGCUACAAUAAUCGCCACUUCGCCUGGAGCCCUUUGGUGCCUGGAUCGUCUGACUUUCAGGAGGAUCAUAGUUAAAAACAAUGCCAAGAAAAGGAAGCUGUAUGAAGCGUUCAUUGAAACAUUGCCGCUUCUUACAUCGUUAGAGCUAUCAGAGAGAAUGAAGGUAGUAGAUGUGCUCUCCUCCAAGGUAUACAGUGAUGCACAACAGAUUAUUGCUCAGGGUGAUCUAGCCGAUUGCUUCUAUAUUGUUGAGUCCGGUCAAGUUAGAAUCACCAUGAAGAGGAGCAGGACAAAAAAAGACCAAGAGGAAGAGGAGGUAGACAUAGCCACAUGCUCCAGAGGCCAGUAUUUUGGGGAACUGGCACUUGUCACAAACAAGCCCAGAGCUGCAUCAGCCUAUGCUGUGGGAAGCGUCAAAUGUUUGGUCAUGGACGUUCAGGCCUUUGAGAGAUUGCUUGGCCCAUGCAUGGACAUCAUGAAGAGAAACAUUGCAAACUAUGAAGAGCAGCUGGUCACCCUGUUUGGUUGUAGCACUGACAUUGAGGAACAAAAUGCAUGAAAUUUAGAAUGGAAAUAACGGACCAUGAUUUAGAGGAUGGGGGGAAAAAAAGAAAAAAGUCUUUCAUGGGUGACCCCACUGCCCCCAACCAACCCCCUGCCCCAUCCCAAAUUUCUCAUAAAAAAUGUGAAAUUCCACUAAAAAUAUUUGUGAUUUACACUUACAAACAAACAUAGACCAGCCGACUAACUUAAGUAUCUGAGAUAAGAGAAGGCGUAUUUUAAAGCAGCCCAUUCAAGUAUUAUGACAAAAGUUAAGUAAGCCAAAGCAGAGUUGCUUAAAGGUUGUUUAAAAUAGAUUCCACUUAACUCUCACCUUAAAUUUUGAGUGUGCAUUUCCUUUGUCACUGUCACAUACUGUAUGUUAUUUGUUUGUAUAUUGAACACUUGUUAACUCUUUUUACGUCUAUGCCACAGUUUCAUGGUUAGGCCUACAGCAUAAUAUCCUUUGUAAAUUUCAGAAUACUCCUUGUUAGAAUUUCACACCAAAGGUAAUUUCUUGCUGGAUCACUUGUGAACUGUUAUGUUAUGUUCUCUUGUUGUUUUUGGCAAGAGGGGACUCUUGCAGUGUAGGAAACACUCGCACCAUGAACUGCAUUGGUAUUAAAGUGCCACAACAUGAGAAGAAAUCAGUAGUGUUAGUAAGUUGGAAAUAUUUAUGCGAAUCAUUUUACUUCUGAACUGCAUCCUGUUUUUGGAUAACACCUUUCACAUUUACUUGUGACCACCAGAGAAUGUAGACUUCCCUGUGGUGGUAGUGGGCCAACUUUUUAAGAAAUACAUUUCCCCCGUCAUGAGAUUUCUUUCCUUGAAUACCUAAACUGUAUCUCAUUGUUAGUAAGUGUUUCGUGGCUGUUAGCCUAAUACUAUGCUUUUGCACAAGAUAAACUUCAGAUAGCUCAUAGUUUUGUAAGAAUAUACAUUGCUGUACAAUUUGAGUAUUUACUGUUAUACCUUUAAUUUGAUAAAUUGCCCUUGUAGACUGUAGUCGUUAUAAGCAAUGUCUUGGAGCAGUUGAUUUCUCUGUGUUUUAGUGUAAAAUUUAAGUUAUACUGUUCUUGUAUCUGUGAAACAUACAUUAUAAUUGAUACACCCAUUAUUGCUGUCUACCUCUGCCAACAACAAAUACUGUUUGGAAAUUCAUAUUCAAGUAUUUCCUGUCGACAGGAAGCAGUAGUGGUUCCUUUCUUGUUUUUAUACAGUAAUUACAGUCCUCUGUAUUUUUGUCUGUGGUUUACUGUAGCUUAAAUAGUUUAGAGAUGAUUAACACUGAUUUCCUGUAUAAAAGAAACACUCCAAUCUUAUUUCCCCCUUGUGCAGGUAGUUCUGGUAAUUUGGCUACACCAUGAUAUAGGCCGAAAGUAUGUUUCACUUUUCAUGUUAAUAAAGAUCAGUUUUAUAUUU